AUUUGAUUUACGCGCGCUUAUUGGAAUGACUAAUGUUUUUGUUGUACGAUCAGACAUUUUUCAUCUCUUAAAAGUAAACAAUUUCCUUUAUUUGUUGUGUUAAUCCGAAUGUUCAAUAUGGUACGAGAAAAGGCUUGUUUCGGAAUGGGCUGCUUCUGGCACGUAGAAGCUUUAUUUGGGGCUCAACUAGGUGUUCUUACUACUAAAGUUGGCUAUAGUGGAGGUAAGCUUGAAGGCCCAACUUAUUAUAAAAUUGGCGAUCAUGUUGAAGUAGUCGAAUUGGCUUAUGAGAACGAGAAGACUUCUUACGAGAAACUUCUCAAGAUUUUUUGGAGCAAUCAUGACCCUACUUCAAAGCCCUACAAGCGUCAAUAUAUUUCUGCAAUCUAUUACCACACCGAGGAACAAAAAAACUUGGCCGAACAGACGAUGAAAGAGCAACAAUCAAAACAUGCUCGCCCUAUUGUUACAGAGAUUGCUCCUGCUGGUAAAUUUUAUGAUGCAGAAGAUUAUCAUCAAAAAUAUCAACUCAGAUGUAAUCCAAAACUACUUAAGACCCUUGGUCUCAAUGAUACUACUCUCAAAUCAUCGGAACUUGCUGCAAAGCUUAAUGGAUAUGUUUGUGGGAUGAAAACUAAACAAGAAUUUGAGGCUGAUUCGAAAGAGUUUAACUUCACUGAUGAACAAAGACAAUACAUCUUGGCUGCAAUCAAUUCAGGAGUUAAAGCACAUUGCUAACUAUACUUGCAUCCAACUUAGCUUACUUACACCAGAAUCUAUGUUAAACUCGUUUGUUAUUUUUACUUUUA